GUCUGAUGAUGUGACGCAGUUUUUGGCUGGAUUUUUCGAUUUUUUUAAUCAUAGAUAUGGACAGUAAAGAAAAUGUUUAAUAGUAAAUAUGGAACAAAGGAAAAGGACUCCAGUUCAAUGCUGGAGAGAUAAACUAAUUACAGAGUGCAUUAGUGAUAUUCCAAGGUUUCCUGAUUUCCCUUCAAGUAAUCAAGUAGGAGCUAUGGAUUAACAGGAGGCUUGCCAGAAAAUGUUCUGUGGAGCAAAACCCAAGUUCUCCUAACCUCAACUGAGUUUGAAGCAAUGAAAGAGACUACACAGAAGUUAAGCAAAGAAAAAUAAAAGUAUUUAUACACAAGCUCAAUCAAAGUUUAAGGUAAAUGUGGAUAUGUGAAGAAAUAAAGACUGGUGAUUAGAGUAUUAUGUAUUGAAUGCCACUGCCUUAGAAUUCCUACAGGACCAGGAUGGAAAUAAAAAAAUUCACAUGAUAUUUGAUUAAAUAAAAACUUUUAUUUAUGCACCUUUACCCUUUUUAAAAUGGAUGAUCUGGUUGAUAAAUAUAGUGAAAGCAAUUAUAUGAAAAAAGCGUCGAAUUUUUACUAGUCCAGCUGCAAGACCUUUGUUUGAAAAGUAUAAGUUGUCACUGAAUGUGCUCCAGAAGAGAUCUAAUGUAAUAUCUAUACCCCUACCAAAACAUCAGACCACAAGCAAAAAUUCUUGUAAUGGUUUCAGAAAAGAGGGUGAACUUUUGGAGCAGAGGACUUCCAUGGCUAAAUUCAAGUCUUGUAUGAAUACUAGAUUAGUUACUAGAGAGAAACAAUCAACAAACUGUCACCAUUCAUCAGAUAAAGACAAUAUAAGCAGUAGAGAACAAAAUAAUUCAAGUAAACAAACUCAUGAAAGAACAAGUCAAAGUACAAAUGUGCUUACUUACAAAACCUCUGAAAGACAACUUAAAAAAAGGGUAGAAGGAAGGACAAUACAAAAUGAAAUACCAAUUUUUAGUCUUUCAUCAUCUCAAUAUUCUUCUGGUCAUUGUUUGUUAGAGGCCAAGGUGGAACCAGAAGGAUUAACUGAUGAAAACUCUUCUCCAGUUUCUCCCUCAUUUAGUCCUGGAGCUGAACAAAGUGAGACAAUGCUUUUGACUGAAAAGCUUAUGAAAUCAGAACUUUCAGCUUUUAAAAAACCUUCAACAUAUCCUCAAGCUUCAGGUAAAAAUGGAAAUGCUAAGCCAAAUAUAAUUAAUAAAGAAAAUUCAGAGAAGUAUGUAGUUAAAGGUUCUACAGAAUCUGUUCAGUGGAUUAAAAAGACUGUUAGCACAUCAAGUAGUGAUUCCUCAACUCUGGAAGAAAGCAAAGCCUAUCAGUCACCUAAAAAGAAAGAUACAUAUUGUUAUAACAGAAAAUAUAGGACAUGCAAAGGAAAUAACACAAGCACUGUGCAUCAAAAAAAUAAAAACCAUGUUAUAGAUAAACUUCAUAAUUCGGUAAAGAAAAAACAUAGCAAGAAAAGCUCCAAAGCCCACGAGAGUAGACACUCAAGAAUAAAAUAUUCUUGUAGUAACAAUUCUAAAAGAAGACAUGUUACAUAUAAAGGUUAUAAUUCAGUUUGGAAAGGUUGCUUUAAAGCUUUUGACUAUGGAAGACAUACAGACUCUUUUUAUCAUACAAAUAUCAGGAAAAAGAGAAAUAAAUCACUAGCUGGCAUAACUUCUCAUUCCCGACAUGGAUACAUGAGAGGGAGAGGUCGUAGUUCAAGUAGUAGUGAAAAAAGUGAAGAAUCAAGCUUAAGUUCUAUGGACACAAAGAAUUUUUAUAACAAUGCACAUUUUGAUUACAAAAAGUUCCCAAAGUCACUCAUUAUGAAAGUGGAAGAGUCUGGACUUGGUAAUGAUUGUUCGGACAAGCAGGUUGAUGCUAAGUCCACUGAAGAAGCACAGAAAGUAACUCCUGUAAAUUUGGACAACACAGAAUGUGUUUCAAUUAAUAGUGACAGUACUAAUAAAGAAAUUAGAAGGAAUUCUGAAGGACAGAGAAUUUUCCAUUGUAAUGAUAUGAUAUCGGAGCAGUCGGAUCUCUUCACUCCUAUAUUCCAGAGUUUUGUUCAGUCUCUAACAGGAAACAUCAAUCCCACCCAAGAAAGCCAGCUUAUUAAUAAGACUUCUUCAGAUAACUCUGCUACAAAGGCUGAUGAAUAUGCAGAUAGAAGAAUGUCUGAUAUAAAUAUUCCUUCUCAUCAACAGGAGCUGAUGUAUCACAAGAAAGUAGAACUACUGAAGCAUUUCAAAGAAGAAUGUGAAGUUUAUUUUAUGGUUACAAGAAUGCUUAUCAGCAAACUUGUACACAGCAAGCUGUUGAAGAACAUACAUAUGUGUCAUGUAGACCUAACAAGUAAAGACCCACAACUUCAAGCAGAAAUGUCCCAGUGUUUGAAGUUGACCCUUGAUGACUUGAGUUCAGCCUAUAUGGUGGAAUUUAAAGAAUUUGUGGAGAGGCUUCUCAAGAAUCCUUUAAACAUGAAUUUUGGUAAUUUCCUACCAUCUGUCUGAAAGAAAGGAACAAGUUAUCAGAAAUUGUCUUUGCAGGCUUUUGAAGAAGGAUCUGAAUUGUUUACAGACUGAAGCAAAUAUAAGAAAGAAUUGCUAUUAUGCAUGUAUUUUUCUUUUUUAAACAGAAAGUUUCUAAGUUUGUUUUUUUUCUCUAAAUACACAUGAAAAAAAUGACUGCAUUGAUAUAAUUUUAUUUUUAAAGUUAUCAUUUGCGGAUUGAAAUGAUUUUCAGCGAAAUUUUGUCAUUGAUCUUUGAGUUGUGAAGAGAGGUUGCAGUUAAAUGUUACCAGCACUUGCCUUAAUCUCUGCAAUAGAAUUAGCAAAGAGCAGCAUUUUGUCAACAAUACAUUCCAUAUCAGUGAUAUUAUAAUAUCAAUACCUGAUGAGCUUGACUUGAAUAUUUUUAAAUAGAAAACAUGUAUUAUAAACUUAUUGUUAAAUGUUACUUUCAUGCUUGACUAAAUUUUAUCCUUUGUAAUUUAGAAAAAAUACAGAAAUGAAAAUUUUUAUUCUUGUUUUACAAGUUUGUAUGGUUUUUGUGCAUUCUCAUUGACUGUUUCAUGCUCAAUGCUCUCAGAAAUAAACAAAAAAAUGUUUUGAACAGUGUGAUCAGCUUAUAUAAAGAUGAAGCAAGUGUCAUACACAUUUAAGUUACAAGUCUACAUCUCUUACACUCAUUCUUAAUUUUUCAAAUCAAAACUAUUAAUAAAAUAUAAACGUAAAAGUAAUAAAAAAAAAUUGAAAAAUAAG